AUGCUCGUCUUCACUUGGAAUAGAUGCUGUGCAGUGCUGUUUCUCGUCGCUACACUGAAGACGGGGAAAACUCUGGUAUCAGAGGCGCGCCCAAAGGCGAAUUUAAUCAAGCCAGCUCUGUUGGGAGGGACACCUACACCCGCUCCAAACCGCUCCGAAACGGUCCACAUCGGCAUCACCAAGAAAUACAACAUCCGUGCUCAGGUGUCUCCAUGCAGCAAUGAUAAGGAGUGCAGCGUGGGAAGCUACUGCCACAGCCCUCAACAAGCUCCCUCUCGCUGCCUCACCUGCCGCAAGCGGAAGAAGCGCUGCCAUCGAGAUGCCAUGUGCUGCCCUGGGAACCGAUGCAGUAACUAUAUGUGUGUCCCUAUCUCUGAGAGUGUGCUCUCGCCUCACAUCUCCGCUUUAGACGAACAUAAUAAACUCUCCACCAAAGACCACAGCUGGAGGAAGAGUGGGAAGGCACAUGCAAAGCAUUCUCUCAAAGGGCACGAGGGUGACCCUUGCCUGCGCUCGUCUGAUUGCUCGGAGGGCUACUGCUGCGCCCGCCAUUUCUGGACCAAAAUCUGCAAGCCGGUGCUGAGGCAGGGAGAGGUGUGCACCAAGCAGAGGAAGAAAGGCUCUCGCGGCCUGGAAAUCUUUCAGCGCUGUGACUGUGCCAAGGGCCUUUCCUGCAAGGUGUGGAAAGACGCCACCUCCUCGUCCAAGUCCAGGCUCCACAUGUGCCAGAAGAUCUGAAGCAGGGGCAGCUGCUUUCGGCGUCGAGGCCUCUGUCUUCAUCUGCCAGGGAAAGAUUUUUAAAGGAUGGGUUGUGGCUGUAUUUAAAAGGAGUAAAAGACACAGACUAACAAGAGAAAGAACAGACUGUGUCGGUUUAAGCUCGCUAUUUGGAGAGUGAGUGGGCUUGCUUUAAGGAGUUUGCUGUGAGUGGUCCAUCCCUGCACACACACGCACGCACACACACAUGCACACGCGCGCACACACUCACACACACACA